GUGAAAAGACCAGUCGCAGAAAAAGUCGCAGUGAUUUGACAGUUACUUUGUGGCAGUGGAAAAAUAUUUGUUAUUAUCUACAUUAAAUAACUCUUGCUCAGUAUAAUAUUUAUCUAAAUCCAUUAGUUGUUUAGAUUCAAUUCUUAGAAACAAUGGCAAGGAAAAAGAAAGGACAGAAACCUGAUCCACAAGCAGGGGGAGAUGCCUCGGCCAACCCUCCAGAGCCUUCAGGAAGUUCAACUUCUCAAGCCCCUCAGCAACCCCCCCAACAGGGUCCAGCUCCUCAGCAACAUCCUCCACAGGGUCGACCACAAGAGGCGCAUUCACAGCAGCAGCAAGGUCAAGGCGCUUGGCAAAAAGCAGGACAACAGCAACAAAAAGGUCCAGGUGCUUGGCAAAAAGGGGGACAACCACAAAAAACAUUUGAGCAGCAAAGGCCAGGGCCACAGCCUCACCAGCAGCAAGGUCAAGGCCCUCGGCAAAGUGGAGGUCAACCACAACAACCAUUCGAGCAACCAAGGACAUCACCAUCAGGACCACACCCUCAGCAAGGUCGAGGCGCUCGGCAAAGAGGGGGACAACCACAACAACAAGGUCAAGGUGCAUGGCAAACAGUGGGACAACCACAACAGACAUUUGAACAGCCAAGGACAUCACCUUCAGGGCCACAACCCCAGCAACAGCAAGGUCAAGGUCCUUGGCAAAGAGGGGGGCCACCACAACAGCAAGGUCAAGGCCCUCAGCAAAGAGGGGGGCCACCACAACAGCAAGGUCAAGGCCCUCAGCAAAGAGGGGGGCCACAACAACAGCAAGGCCAAGGCCCUCAGCAAAGAGGGGGGCCACAACAACAGCAAGGCCAAGGCCCUCAGCAAAGAGGGGGGCCACCACAACAACAAGGUCAAGGUGCAUGGCAAACAGGGGGACAACCACAGCAGACGUUUGAACAGCCAAGGACAUCACCUCCAGGGCCACACCCACAGCAAGAGCAAGGUGCUUGGCAAAGAAGGGGGCCACCACAACAGCAAGGCCAAGGCCCUCAGCAAAGAGGGGGGCCACCACAACAACAAGGUCAAGGUGCAUGGCAAACAGGGGGACAACCACAACAGACGUUUGAACAGCCAAGGACAUCACCUCCAGGGCCACACCCACAGCAAGAGCAAGGUGCUUGGCAAAGAAGGGGGCCACCACAACAGCAAGGUCAAGGCCCUCAGCAAAGAGGGGGACCACCACAACAGCAAGGUCAAGGCCCUCAGCAAAGGGGGGGACCACCACAACAGCAAGGUCAAGGCCCUUGGCAAAAAGGACAACAACAAGUUCAAGGUGCAUGGCAAACAGGGGGACAACCACCACAAGGGCAAGGUGCUUGGCAAAGAGCUGGACAACCACAACAGACGUUUGAGCAGCCAAGGACAACACCUCCAGGGCCACAGCAAGGUCAAGGCCCUCAGCAAAGAGGACAACAACAACAGCAGCAAGGUAGACAUCAACAACCACAUGGUCAGCAAAGGACUUCACAGCAAGACACCCGAUCACAUCAGCAACAAGGUGCAAUACCCAAAAGUCAGUCAGUGGUUCAGUAUGGCUCUGAUCCUAUUCCAGAAAUACAGAAGUUGUCUACAGUUGGUAGAGGGGGUACAAAAGGUAGAAGAAUCUUGGUGGAAACCAAUUAUCUCAGCAUGGAUUUUGGAAAGCUGCCAAAAGCUUACCAUUACGAUGUUCAAAUAACUCCAGAUACUCCCAAAAGAUGGCUAAGGGACGUCUUUGAACAGUUCAGAAGGAAACAUUUCCCCAAGAGCCAUCCUGCCUUUGAUGGCAAGAGGAACAUGUAUUCACCCUAUGAAUUAAUAAAAGGUAACGUGGCCUUGUCUGACAAGAUAGAACUGGAAAUCCCCAAUGAAGAUAAGAAGAAAUCGUAUGAAGUAAGUGUUCAGUUCGCUGCCGAAGUAGAUCUGAGUCCACUUCGCAACAUGGCCAUACAAACGUGUCAACAAGCUAUGCAAUGUGUUGAAAUCGUUUUACGCAGUGCCCCUUCUAUGAGAUGUAUCCAGGCGGGAAGGAGCUUUUACACGCCUCCUCCCCAGAUCAUUAGAUUAGGUGAAGGUAUGGAGAUGUACUUUGGAUUUUACCAAACUGUUGUCAGGGGGUGGAAGCCAUUCUUCAAUGUAGACGUCGCACACAAGGCAUUCCCUAGUCAAUUGAAUAUUAUUGAUUUGAUUGCUGAAAUUGGGAGCGAUUUCAGAACGACCAUUAGACCGGAGGAUUUGAAACGUGAUACGAUCAGUAGAGAUUUAGAGACCAAACUAUUGAAACAUCUGAGAACUCUUCGUAUAACUUACCAGAUACCAGGCAUGAAAAGAGAAUAUAGAGUAAACGGUUUGGGUGAUCCUCCUAGGUAUAGUAAGUUCAGUGUGGAUAACGUAACCAUGACAAUCGAGGAAUAUUUUCUCAAGAAGAAAGGCAUCAGAUUGAAUUAUCCGUUGAUGCCCUCCUUAUGGGUGGGCAGUCCUCAACGAGCUGACAAAAUACUUCUUCCAGCCGAAUUCUGUACGGUUGUGGCAAACCAAGCUGUCCCGCGUAAAAUGUCCGAAAACCAAACGUCAGCAAUGAUAAAACACGCCGCUACGCCCACUACCGAAAGAAAGAGGAAAAUAAUGGACGGCUUGAAGAACACCCGUCAUAACGAGGAUCCCUGCAUCAGGGAAUUCGGAUUCAGGAUAAACAACGAUUUUGAGAAGAUAGAAGCGCGCGUGCUCGAUCCGCCAGCUCUGGAAUAUAGCAAUGGGAUGAUUGCCAGGCCCAGUAGGGGCGUUUGGAGACAGGAUAACAACAAAUUUUACAUAGGUGGAGAAGAAUCCACAUGGAUAGUUAUUUCUGUGUGCGGUAACAUGGCGAAGGAAUGCGAUAAUUUGGCAAGAAUGAUAUCUGGCCAAGCUGCGAAAUGCGGUAUGAGAUUGGCCCCCAAGCCGGGGCCCUACGACGGUUUGCAAAGCAGGCAACCUUCGGCGAGGGAUGUCUUAAAUAUUUUGCAGAAAUACUCGCAAAACUAUAAUUUGAUUUUCGUUGUUAUCCCCGAUGGUGGUCCGGCAUAUUCGCAUGUGAAAAAAGCUGCGGAGAUAACUUUGAAUUGUCUGACGCAAUGCAUAAAGAGGAGGACAUUAAUGAAGAUGAAUCCAGCCACUGUGGGUAACAUACUGCUGAAGGUCAAUAGUAAAUUGAGCGGAACCAAUCAUUGUCUGAAUUCCAAACCGCCAAUAUUACUCGAACCUUGCAUGAUAAUGGGAGCUGACGUGACACAUCCAAGUCCGGAUUCUAAAGGUAUACCAAGUGUCGUUGCUGUCACCGCAUCGCAUGAUCCCAAAGCAAUGUACGGAUAUAACAUGUGCUGUCGUUUACAAUUGCCAACAUUGGAGAUAAUCGAGGAUUUGGAAGCAAUAACCAUAGAACACCUCAAAUACUUUUUCCAACGAAACAGGGGGCAAAAACCCUACAGGAUAAUAUUCUUCAGAGAUGGCGUUUCAGAGGGCCAAUUCGCUGAAGUCAGGCAAAAAGAACUGUCGGCCAUAAGAAGGGCCUGCAGCAAAAUCGAAGAUGGUUACGAACCGAAAAUUACAUUCAUAGUUGUACAAAAAAGGCAUCAUACCCGAUUUUUCCCAACUAACAGAAAUGACUCCGAAGAUAGGAAUUUGAAUGUACCAGCAGGAACGUGUGUGGAUACUGUUAUAACUAGUCUGAACCAACAAGAUUUUUACCUUGUUUCCCACGCUAGUAUUCAAGGUGUAGCAAAACCGACUAAAUAUUCAACUUUGUGGGAUGAUAACGAUAUGAGCUACGACGAUGUUGAACAGUUGGCUUAUUACCUGUGUCAUCUUUUCUCCAGAUGUAACAGGUCGGUCAGUUACCCGGCCCCAACCUACUACGCCCAUUUAGGAGCAGCUAGAGCAAAGGUUUACAUCGAGAGUGAACAGAUAAAUAUCAACAAUUUACAAAAUGAGCAGCGAAAAUUGAAAAAUGAUAGGAUUAGGAAAGAGAAACCUAUGUUCUUUGUUUAGAUUAGUAGACCUGAAUUAUUGGAGUGGGAAUUUUCAUAUAUUAUUCGCGAAUAAUAACGAAUUGCUUUUUUUCUUUUACUAAUUAUACUAUCGCCUAAUUUGAUAUUCGAUAUUUAUGUAUUGCA